UACAGGGUGACUUCAUUAACUCCUCACCCCCAGCAAAGCGGGCACCAUCUGCACACCCUUUUCCCAGGCAGGGAUCCAGGGGGUCUCCAUUUGGCAGCAGGGCCCCUAGCUGCUGCUCCCCACCCCUCGGGAUCUCCGGAGGAAACUGCAUUUCCCCUUUCCACUUCUAACCCCAGCAGGACCCCACCCCGAGCCCCAGGGGACAGCCUGGGACGGAAUGGCUGGUGGCCUGGGGAGCUGAUGGCGACCCCCCGGUUCCAGGGAAGCCUGGGGGCCGGCCUUGCUCCCCGGGGUGCCCAGGGCCCCCUUGGCAGUCCUUGGGCUCCGAAGGGGCGACUCUUACCGGAGGCUGCCGAGCCGGAGGCGGCGGCGGUCGGCCCGGGCGGCUGCCGUAAUCCACGAGGCGCUGCCGGGCUGCGCGCCCUCCCGGCGGCGGGGACCGGCUCAUGGUGCCGGAGGAACCGCGCGGGGCCCGCGGCUGCCCGCACCGGGUGCGGGCCUGUCGGCGGGCGGCGUCGGCCGGCGCCCCGGCUCUCCCGGCUCCCCGCCGGGCUCCCCACCGGCCUGGAGGCGGGAGCCGAGGCCGCGGCGCCCCCGCAAGCCCGCAGCCGGCUGCCGGAGCCCACCUCUGCAGAGACAAAGGUGACCAAGGAUUCAGCAAACACCAGGAAAACAGAGGACACAUGGAUGUGAAAUAGCAAUAUCUUCUGCAUCAAAUAAUAAAAAUAUGCUUUAUUACAUGGCAAAUGGGGCAAGUUAUUUGGCCCUCCCACGCCUGGAACAGUGUAUACUGCUCGGUACACUUGGAACUGAGCAGAGAUUAUUCAAUUCUAAAAUUUUCAGAGAAAUAAUCUCAAUCAAUUUACCUUUUUAGCUUCUCCCUUUCUACUCAAAUAAAAGCGGAGCUUUAUGACCCUCCUUUUCAUCUCGGGGAAUGGGGCCGGAAAGAAGCUUGCACCGAAAGGGCAGCCAUAUUUGCAUGUUUCCCCCUGCGCAGAGGUACACGAUGUAUUGAUCCUUGCGGAAUUUUACAAAAUGGCAUCCCUGAACUGAUUUCUUUAGAAGCCAGGGAGCUCUCCACACUCUUUUGUGUGUUUCUCAUCCUUGCAAACAGCCUAAGUCACCCCAAAGGCUUGGCUCUUUCAAUCUAAGUUAACAUUAAAGAGCCCCAAUA